UGGAACCCCGGCUGCCUCACAGAGACCCCAGCCUCCUGCCCCCUCCCCCCGCCGCCUCUCUGGGCUGUCUGCCAAGGCCUGGGAAGCUGGGUGCUGCUGCGUGGCAUGGGCGUGAAACACAGCCUUCAGACGGGCGGCACUUUGCUCAGCUUCUUGGCCAACAUCCUCAAGGUGCUGUCCACCAGCAGCAACUACUGGAUCCGCUACCAUGGUGGCCACAGCGGCCUGUGGCAGGAGUGUAGCCAAGGCACCUGCUCCAACACCCCGUGCCAGACCAUGCUGUCUAUGACUGGGGCAUGCAUGGUGCUGGCCACCGGCUUCGGAGUGUUGGCCACGGUGAUGGGGCUGCGGAUUCUGUGCCAGCAGGACGGGUCGCUGCGGGGCCAGCAAGCCUGCGCCUGCCUCUUCCUCGUCGGGCUGCUGUUGCUGACCGCCUUGACAGGAUACACAGUGAAGAACGCCUGGAAAAACGACGUCUUCUUCUCCUGGUCCUAUUUUUCGGGGUGGCUGGCUUUACCCUUCUCUAUUCUGGCGGGCCUCUGCUUCUUGCUGGCAGACAUGAUCGUGCAAAGCACGGACGCCAUCAGCAGCUUCCCGGUGUGCCUGUGAGCGCGGCCUGCCUGGUGCAGAAUAAAGACACAGGCUGCA